AUGGAUCUUGCUGCCAAUGAGAUCAGCAUUUAUGACAAACUUUCAGAGACUGUUGAUUUGGUGAGACAGACAGGCCAUCAAUGCGGCAUGUCAGAGAAGGCAAUUGAAAAAUUUAUCAGACAGCUGCUGGAAAAGAAUGAACCUCAGAGGGGGCCCCACCAGUAUCCUCUCCUUAUAGCUGUGUAUAAGGUUCUUGCAACCCUGGGAUUAAUCUUGCUUACUGCCUACUUUGUGAUCCAACCUUUCAGCCCAUUACAACCUGAACCAGUGCUUUCUGGAGCGUAUACCUGGCGCUCACUCGUCCAUCACAUCCGGCUGAUGUCCUUGCCCAUUACCAAGAAAUAUAUGCCAGAAAAUAAAGGAGUUCCUCUGCAUGGGGCUGAUGAAGACAGAUCCUUUCCAGAUUUCGACCCCUGGUGGACAAACGACUGUGAGCAGAAUGAGUCAGACCUUAUCCCUGCCAACUGCACUGGUUGUGCCCAGAAAUUACCCCUCAAGGUAGUGCUCCUGGAAGAUGCCCCAAAGGAAUUUGAGAGACUCCAUCCUCUGGUGAUCAAGACGGAACGGCCCCUGUUGUCGGAGGACAUUCAGCAUUUUGUGUGCCAGUACCCUGAGGUGACAGAAGGCUUCGGGGAAGGGUUUUUCGCCAAGUGGUGGCGCUGCUUUCCUCACCGUUGGUUCCCAUUUCCUUAUCCGUGGAGAAGACCUCUGAACAGAUCACACAUUUUACGUGAGCUCUUUCCUGUUUUCACCCACCUCCCAUUUCCAAAAGAUGCCUCCUUGAAAAAGUGCUUCUUUCUUCAACCAGAACCUAUUGUGGGCAGUAAGAUGCAUCGGAUGCAUGACCUGUUCGCCCUCGGCAGCGGGGAGGCCAUGCUGCAGCUCAUCCCGCCCUUCCAGUGCCGCAGACACUGCCACUCCAUGGCCGUGCCGCUGGCGCCCGGCGACAUCGGCUACGCCCGUGCCGCCCACUGGAAGGUCUACGUUGUAGCCAGAGGGGUCCAGCCGCUGGUCCUCUGCGAUGCAACCACCCUCGCAGAGCCAUAG